GCCUCCUUUCUUCUAUGCUUUCAUACUAAACAGAGGUGUUUCUCUCUCUGACUAAUACACAAAACAAAUGAUCAGGUUACACUUGUUCAACUCGCCUUAGAUACUGGUUGCUCUGUAACACACACAAGGAAAGCUGCGCAGAGGAACUGGCAUCAGAAUGAAUAUUUAAUGCAGCAUCUAGAUGCUCUAGGCUUUACGUCUUCAGUCGCACUACAGCUCAUAUUUUUAAAUGUAGCUUCUGAAGUAGUACAAAAUAGCUGAUUUUCCUGACCUGAUAACACAGAAAGAGAAAUAUUUAAAAACUGCAGAGACGGAAGACAUCGUCCGUGCAAAGACAUGAGCUGGACUUUUUUAAGAGACAUUUUAAGCGGCGUCAACAAAUACUCAACUAGUAUUGGAAGGGUCUGGCUGUCAGUUGUCUUCAUAUUUCGACUUCUGGUGUAUGUGGUUGCUGCAGAAAAUGUUUGGAAAGAUGAGCAAAAAGAGUUUGAAUGCAACAUCCGACAGCCAGGGUGUGAAAAUGUCUGCUUUGAUUACUUCUACCCCAUUUCACAAGUCAGACUGUGGGCUCUUCAGCUAAUAAUGGUGUCUACACCCUCACUUCUUGUGGUUCUCCAUGUGGCAUAUCGGGAAAGUAGAGAGAAGAGGCACAACAAAAAGCUCUAUGUGAACCCAGGAAGCAUGGAUGGUGGCUUAUGGUGUACAUAUGUCAUCAGUCUUCUAUUUAAAACAGUGUUUGAGUUUGGUUUCCUGAUACUUUUCUACAUGUUAUAUGGGGGGUUUAGUGUUCCACGGAUGGUGAAGUGUGAUAUGGAACCUUGCCCUAAUCUCGUUGACUGUUACAUCUCCAAACCUACAGAGAAAAAGAUUUUCCUCUAUUUUGUAGUAGUUACUUCAGGACUCUGUAUUAUACUUAAUAUCAGCGAGCUGAUGUACCUCAUCUUUAAAUAUUUUUCAAAAUGCUGUUUGAAAAAAUAUGCGCAAAGACUGACUACGUCACAGUGUGACUGUAAGAAUCAUCACCAUAUAAAUGAUCAGGAAAGUACAUCUCACUUACAGCCAACAUCUAAUGAUUCUGAGCAAUAGCCUACAAUCACAUUAAAUAUAUGUAAGCCGAUAUAGACUAUACCAAGGUCACUCAGAAUUUCUACAAGCUUUUUCAAACAUAACUUGUUUUAUUAGGAACAAGCUUAAAACUGAAGCGUAGGCAAAAACGUUAUCAAGUUCUGGCACUGAAACUGACAGUCAGGGCUUGAGCACAGCGAUCACACGGUUUGCUUACUGUGCAGCUCCUCCAUUCAGAUAACAUCUUGUAUUCUUUGCAAAGGAUACAAGGCUUUCUAUGAUCGGACAAGGGGAGCAUGAACAAUCUCACAUUGACCUAUCACAAAACGCUUUGGGCUAGAUUCAGGUAGCUGCGCUUGAUGUUACGGCGGCGCAGUGUAUCGUAUUUACGCUA